AGGGCGCAGUUGAAGUAGUAUUCGAAGAAUAAGAAUCUAUGAAUAUAGCCAAAUCACAUCUGUUACAUAUGUUUUAUGUUACAUUGCAAUAUAGACGUUAUGUUACAAUUAUUACAACACAUGUAUUACAUAUAUACAUAUAAAUAAUUAUAAUUAAAUUUAGAUUAGUACGUGGAAACUUGCGAUCUAUAUUCCGCUGGUUCUGCGAAUCGUUACAGCGACGAGUAAGCAGUUUUGAUUACACCAAAAUCUGUUAUCUAUUCUGUUGCUAGAAAUUAUUGACUAGCUGGAAUUAGACGUAAUCAAAGUCAAUUUGUCAAUAACAGCUACAUAAUGCAAUUUCAUAAUUUUCUACUAAAAUCGCUGUUAAUUGAUAUAAUCACGUUGCAAAUCAAGAGAAAGUAACAGGUAACAUGACAAAUAUAUUAAAAAAUGUUAAAUAUUCACGUUAAUUAUAAUGAAACGCAUAUUCCCUCCGGUUAGCAGCAGUGGGAGUACAGAUCAUUUAUCACGUCACUCAAUAAAGACUUAUCACUAACAACGAAAGCACUUGACUAACACGACGUAAAAUACUUGUUAACUUCAAGAUUGGAGGGCAUUGGAGGGCAAGCAAUGACGAAUCGGACACUAUAUUAGAAAGAUUGAAUCAAGGCAGCAGGCAGUUGAUCGCCAGCUUCCGACGCGUAACGUUGUGUUUUCGAAGCAUCUUUCUUAUUGAUAGCGCGACAAACAAGAUAAUUCAAGAGACAAACUGGCUACGAAAAAGUGCCACAAUUGAUUUCAGUUUCCACAAAACUAACAUACGGCGUAUACCGAUUUAAUGGAACAGUGGUGAUAUAUCACUAUGGUGUAUGUAAUUGCUUUGUCGGUGAUAGCAGGUGCUUUAGGCCUGUAUUAUUAUUUUUUUAAGGAUUUGAAUUACUUUAAAAAACAUGGCAUACCGCAUAAACCACCUGUUCCUAUAUUGGGAAAUAUGGGACCAAUGUUUGUGCGUCUACAAUCGAUAGCCGAACUUACGACGGAAAUUUAUAAUCUAAAUCCUGAAGCAAAAUACGCUGGCAUAUUCGAUAUGAACGUCCCAGUUAUACUUGUUCGCGAUCCCGAGCUUAUUAAAUCUAUCACGUUAAAACAUUUCGACAAGUUCCCGGAUCAUCGCUUUUUCGUGGACGAGGAACUGGAUCCAUUAUUUGGCAAGAAUCUUUUCUCCCUUCACGGCGAUAAAUGGCGGCAAGUACGAUCCUUAUUGAGCCCAGCCUUUACAUCCAGUAAAAUGAAGAGCAUGUUUAAGCUCAUGUCGGAUUGUGGCGUCGAUUUCGUUAAUAGCUUAGCGCAAUUGCCACCAGAGCAGAGGACAAAGGAGAUGAGAGACGUCUUUACGAAGUAUACCAGCGACGUGAUUGCUACUUGCGCUUUUGGCAUUAGCAUUGAUACCAUGAAAAAUCCAAAGAACGACUUCUACGUGUACGGCAAAGAAGCGUCCAGUUUUAACGUUAUUUCCUUCAUAAAGUUAUACAUAUUUCGGUCCAUUCCUUGGUUAGCGCGAUUUAUCAACUUGAAAUUAAUUCGUCAGCAAAUAGCACAUUUCUUUCGAAACCUCGUAGCGACCACCAUAAAAAUCAGAGACGAGAAUGGUAUCGUCCGUCCUGAUAUGCUGCAAUUGAUGAUGGAAAGUAGGGGUAAAGAGGGCAAGAUAGAAUUGUCUAUCGACGAUAUGGUGGCGCAGGCGUUCGUCUUUUUUCUGGCUGGAUUCGAUGGUGCUUCAAAACUAAUGUCUUUUGCCGCUCAUGAGCUUGCGUCGAACCAAGAUUUACACGAAAAACUUCAAAAGGAGAUUGACCAGGUCUUGGAGGAUACGAAUGGACAAGCCCCUUACGAAGCGGUUAAUGGCAUGGAAUAUUUAGAUGCGGUGGUCAACGAAGCUCUCAGAAUGUAUCCGAUUGCCGUAAUGUUGGACAGAAUAUGCGUAGAAGAUUUUGAGUUGCCGUCAACGUUACCAGGGACGAAACCAUAUACAAUCAAGAAAGGACAGGGUAUAUGGGUACCGGUUUAUGGACUUCAACAUGAUCCAAAAUACUUUAAGGACCCAGAGAAGUUUGAUCCCGACCGGUUUCGUGGUGAACGGAAGAAGGACAGCCUCAACUGCGGAGCCUACCUUCCUUUUGGUGUUGGUCCCAGAAUGUGCAUAGGCAAUAGGUUCGCGUUGCUGGAGACGAAGGUUCUGCUUUUUCAUCUAAUGGCCCGUUGCGAUUUGAAAACUUGCGAGAAGACGUCGAUACCACUCAAGCUCGCAAGGGACGGCUUUAAUGUGAAUGCCAAAGAUGGUUUCUGGCUGAAGGUGUCGCCGCGAAAAAACAUACAUCGCACUCUCGCAGCUAAUUAUGUUAAUGGAACGCACUAAAUAUAAACAGAAACAAAGGAACCUAAAUAAACGUGCAACAGGAUAUUUCUUUCCUAAUAAUGAUCCAGCAAGGAGAUGCUUACGUUGCUGCAAGUUCAAAUAACGAUAUUCUUGCGUUAAAAAUAUUUUUUACAUAUAUAUAGGCAUGGUCAAAAUACUUUAUUGUAUUCUUAUAAAAUGGCGAAAGAGAUUAAUGGAUUAUCUACGUCUUUUCUCACGUUAUUAUUAUUGAUCAAUCUCUCUCUCGUAAAGCUUUUUCUUCAUUAUAUACAAUUAUUAUGAUAGUUAAGUAAUAACCACCACUUUUAUUUUUCUACUACGUUUCUUUGACUUUCGUAUAACAAGAUUUUUCAUCUUUUAUAUUAAUACAAAGAUGUGUUAUACGCAAAAAGCUACAAAAAACUUAAGCAAGCGGUUGAAAAGAGUUUAAGCAAGCUAUGAUAAAGAUCAAAAUCUAAUUAUAUUAUACAUAACAAUAUUAUAUUGAAAAAUAAUUAAUUGGUAUAAAAAAGUUAUAAAGACUAGCUAUAAGACAAUAUUUUGUCACAUUACAAUUCUGAGUUGUUCUUAACUUGGGGCCUGAGCAGAAUGAUUGUCUUGUAUUCUUAUUGUGCGUUACUUCAAGAGAAAGAUUUAAAACAUAAAGCAUUGUCUUAAGAGUACAAGACAGCCAUUCUGCUCAGGCCCUUAUGAAUCUACAUACAAAAUACUGUGUAUAAAUAAAUAUAUUACAUGUAUAUAUAACAUUGAAAAAUGUACAUAAAAUACACUUUUAUGAAAAAUAUAUAGGUUUGAAUCAACAUCAAUAUCAAUGAAUAUCUUACACUGAUAAAAAUUUGAACCUCAUUUAACUGUGAAAAUCGGUGGUCAUUUUCAACCUUCGAAUUACGCUGUUAAAAUACGAAGUGAUUUGUAAUUUUACUUCAAAACGUUAAAAUUACCAUUCAAAUGAAAUUACGUUUCCGUUAAAUAUUUUUUCGGUUUACUGUCUGAAGUUAAAAUUACAUGAUUUAUUGUUACAUUCCGUUUAAGAUAGUAAAUUUACGGCGCGCACAGCAUACUAGGAUGAUGAAAUUCUCUAUUGCGCACACUCCACUUUACUGAAAUACUGCGACAUCACUAACAAAAGAGUAAAAUUCCAUGUCGGACUGUAAAACUGUAUAGAAGUGAAAGUUAAGCACAUAUAUGAAAUGUUAUGGAUGAACUGAAAGCUAAUUUACAAAUUAUGUGACUACAAAUACCAGGUAUAAUUAAUUUUUCAUAAUAUUCUUAUA